UCCUAAAUUUUUAUUUCGUUUUAUUAAAUCAUUUUUUGAGCUCGAAAUCAAAAACUUUACCAUUGCCGUCGUUUUUAGCUUCAUCAAGAAGAUAGAUAGAGAGGCAGCGAGAGAGAAAAUUUAGAUAGAGAGAGGCGAACUUUUCGAAUCUUCGAUCGAAGAUCUUGAAGACUCGAAGAUCGACUUCGUUUCUUCUCUGAUCUGAUGAGAGAUGGCAGCUCCAGUCAAUAUUGUUGUAGGUUCUCAUGUGUGGGUUGAAGACCCUGAUUUGGCUUGGAUAGAUGGGGAGGUUUCAGGGAUCAAUGGCCAUGAAAUCCAUGUGCGUACAACGCAUGGAAAGUCGGUCGUUGCCAAUAUAUCAAGAGUAUUCCCCAAGGACACAGAAUCUCCACCUGGAGGAGUGGAUGAUAUGACGAAACUGUCAUAUCUGCAUGAACCGGGUGUUUUACAAAACCUGGCCACUAGAUAUGAACUUAAUGAGAUCUAUACAUACACUGGUAACAUAUUGAUUGCAAUAAAUCCCUUUCAAAGAUUGCCUCAUCUUUAUGAUACCCACAUGAUGGAACAGUACAAGGGAGCAGCAUUUGGUGAGCUAAGCCCUCAUGUCUUUGCUGUGGCUGAUGUGGCCUACAGGGCGAUGAUAAAUGAAGGGAAGAGCAAUUCCAUUUUGGUUAGCGGAGAAAGUGGUGCUGGUAAGACAGAAACAACAAAGAUGCUUAUGAGGUAUCUUGCCCACUUAGGUGGACGCUCUGGAAUAGAAGGAAGGACCGUCGAACAACAAGUUCUCGAAUCAAAUCCAGUCCUUGAAGCAUUUGGAAAUGCCAAAACUGUUCGAAAUAACAAUUCCAGUCGCUUUGGCAAGUUUGUUGAGAUUCAAUUUGAUAAGAGUGGAAGGAUAUCUGGCGCUGCUAUAAGGACUUACUUGCUUGAAAGGUCUCGUGUCUGUCAAAUUAAUAGUCCAGAAAGAAAUUACCAUUGCUUCUACCUUCUAUGUGCAGCUCCAUCUGAGGAAAUUGAGAAAUAUCAAUUGGGGAAUCCCAAAUCAUUUCAUUAUCUCAACCAGUCUGAUUGUUAUGAGCUGGACGGGGUUAAUGAUGCUCAUGAGUAUCUAGCUACCCGAAGAGCCAUGGAUAUAGUUGGGAUUAGUGAGCAAGAACAGGAAGGAAUAUUCAGGGUUGUAGCUGCAAUUCUUCACAUUGGGAAUAUUGAUUUUGCGAAGGGGGAGGAGAUAGAUUCAUCUGUUAUCAAGGAUGAGAAGUCAAGGUUCCAUCUUGAGAUGGCGGCCAAACUUCUCAUGUGUGAUGCCCAGGGCUUAGAGGAUGCACUCAUUAAGCGAGUGAUGGUGACACCAGAAGAAGUCAUUACAAGAACUCUUGAUCCUGGUUCUGCCAUUGUCAGCAGAGAUGGUUUAGCAAAAACAAUCUAUUCACGCCUCUUUGACUGGUUGGUUGACAAGAUCAAUAUAUCUAUAGGGCAGGAUCCAAACUCUAAAUCUUUAAUUGGAGUUCUUGAUAUUUAUGGGUUUGAAAGUUUUAAGUGCAACAGUUUUGAACAGUUCUGUAUCAAUUUUACAAAUGAGAAGUUGCAACAACAUUUCAACCAGCAUGUCUUCAAAAUGGAGCAAGAGGAGUACACUAAGGAGGAAAUCAACUGGAGUUACAUAGAAUUUGUUGAUAACCAAGAUGUUCUGGACUUGAUUGAAAAGAAACCCGGUGGUAUUAUUGCACUGCUUGAUGAAGCUUGCAUGUUUCCUAAGUCAACACACGAGACAUUUGCUCAGAAGUUAUAUCAAACAUUUACAAAAAGCAAGAGGUUUAUCAAGCCAAAGCUUUCUCGUACCAAUUUCACUAUUUCUCAUUAUGCAGGCGAGGUAACGUAUCAAGCUGAUCACUUCUUAGACAAAAACAAAGAUUAUGUGGUUGCUGAACAUCAGGAUUUAUUGAAUGCUUCCAAAUGUUCUUUUGUGGCGGGUCUAUUUCCACCACUUCCUGUGGAGACGUCCAAGUCUUCUAAAUUUUCUUCGAUUGGAUCACGUUUUAAGCUACAACUUCAAUCGCUGAUGGAAACCUUAAACUCUACGGAGCCUCAUUAUAUCAGAUGUGUGAAGCCAAACAAUGUCCUUAAACCUGCUAUAUUCGAGAAUGCUAAUAUUAUUCAACAGCUACGAUGUGGUGGUGUCCUUGAAGCAAUUAGGAUCAGCUGUGCUGGAUAUCCAACUAGAAGGACAUUCUAUGAAUUUGUUAAUCGCUUUGGUGUCCUUGCCCCAGAGUUUUUGGAAGGAAACUUGGAUGACAAGGUCACUUGCCAAAAGAUUCUAGAUAAAAUGAAGCUACAAGGUUAUCAGAUAGGUAAAACCAAGGUAUUUCUUAGAGCUGGACAGAUGGCAGAACUGGAUGCCAAAAGAGCUGAGGUACUGGGAAGAGCAGCGAGAAGCAUACAGAGGCAAAUUCGGACACACAUUGCGCGUAAAGAAUUCCUUAUGUUACGCAAGGCUGCCAUUCAUUUGCAAUCACAUUGGAGAGGAAAGCUUGCCUGCAAAUUAUAUGAAAACAUGAGGCGUGAGGCAGCAGCAAUAAAGAUUCAGAAGAACUUGCGUCGACACAUUUCGAGGAAAUCCUAUAAAACAGUUCGAGAAUCUGCAAUCAUCUUGCAGACAGGUUUAAGGACAAUGAGUUCGCGCAACGAAUUUAGGUUCAGAAAGCAAACUAAAGCAGCUAUUGCUGUCCAGGCUCAAUGGCGGUGUCACAGAGAUUAUUCAUACUACAAGAAUCUGAAGGAUGCAUCUUUAACUUAUCAGUGUGCUUGGAGACAAAGGAUUGCGAGAAGAGAGCUCAGAAAGCUCAAAAUGGCUGCAAGAGAGACCGGGGCUCUUAAAGAAGCAAAAGACAAACUGGAAAAGCGUGUAGAGGAGCUGACAUGGCGUUUGCAAUUGGAAAAACGAUUAAGAAGUGAUCUAGAGGAGGCAAAGGCUGCAGAAAUUACUAAGCUGCAAGAGACCUUGCAUGAGAUGCAAUUACAAGCGGACGAAACAAAAUCCCUGCUUAUCAAGGAAAGAGAGAUUGCACGGAAGGCCAUUGAAGAAGCCCCACCAGUUAUCAAGGAAACCCCUGUAUUAGUUCAAGAUACAGAAAAGAUAGAUUCCCUGACAGCUGAAGUUGAACACGUAAAGGCUUUACUGGUCUCAGAGAGGCAGUCAGCUGAUGAUGUGAAAAAAGCAUAUGCUGAAGCUCAAGAUAGAAAUGGCGAACUCAUGAAGAAACUUGAAGAUGCUGAAACCAAAGUUGAUCAGCUUCAAGAUUCUGUUCAGAGGCUUGAAGAGAAGCUCUCCAACCUUGAGUCAGAGAAUCAAGUACUUCGUCAACAGGCACUCGCCAUUUCACCCACUAGCAGAGCUUUAUCUGGGCGCCCAAGAACAACUAUUGUUCAGAGAACUCCAGAUAAUGGGAAUCUUUUGCAUGGUGAAACAAAACUUGCAUUGGAUAUGACUCCUGCUGCAGUCAAUUACAAGGAGCUUGAAAAUGAGGAGAAGCCGCAGAAGUCUCUCAAUGAGAAGCAACAGGAAAACCAGGACUUGCUGAUCAAGUGCAUUUCGCAAGACCUUGGCUUCUCGAAUGGGAGACCUAUUGCGGCUUGUGUCAUAUACAAAUGUCUUCUUCACUGGAGAUCAUUUGAAGUUGAAAGAACUACUGUUUUUGACCGAAUCAUUCAAGCAAUAGGCUCUGCUAUAGAGACUCAGGAGAACAAUGAUGCACUAUCUUACUGGUUAUCCAAUUCGUCCACUUUACUUUUGUUCCUACAACGGACAUUGAAAGCAAGUGGCGCAGCUAGCUUGACUCCACAAAGACGAAGACCCUCGUCAGCUUCUUUGUUUGGGAGGAUGUCUCAAGGACUCCGAGGGUCUCCUCAAAGUGCUGGGCUCCCUUUCCUUAAUGGUAGGAUGCUUAGUGGAUUGAAUGAUUUGCGCCAAGUAGAAGCCAAAUAUCCAGCUUUGCUCUUUAAGCAACAGUUAACAGCUUUCCUUGAGAAGAUUUAUGGGAUGAUAAGAGAUAACUUGAAGAAAGAGAUAUCCCCAUUGCUGGGAUUGUGUAUCCAGGCACCAAGGACAUCCCGUGCAAGUUUGGUCAAAGGAUCACGUUCUCAAGCUAAUGCCAUGGCACAACAGGCUUUGAUUGCACACUGGCAAAGCAUCGUUAAAAGCCUGAAUAACUAUUUAGGAAUAUUGCGAGCCAACUAUGUUCCUCCAUUUUUAAUCCGGAAGGUGUUUACCCAAAUAUUUUCCUUCAUAAAUGUUCAGCUUUUCAACAGCCUUCUCUUGCGAAGGGAGUGCUGUUCAUUUAGCAAUGGGGAAUAUGUGAAAGCUGGAUUGGCUGAGUUGGAAAGAUGGUGUUUUGGUGCAACUGAAGAGUAUGUAGGUUCAGCCUGGGAUGAACUGAAGCAUAUCAGGCAGGCAGUUGGAUUUUUGGUGAUACAUCAGAAGCCAAAGAAGUCAUUGAAGGAGAUAACCAAUGAUUUGUGUCCAGUGCUUAGCAUACAACAAUUGUACAGAAUCAGUACUAUGUAUUGGGAUGAUAAAUACGGGACACAUAGCGUGUCUUCGGAGGUUAUUUCAAGCAUGAGAACAUUGAUGACUGAGGACUCAAACAAUGCAGUCAGCAGUUCUUUCUUGCUGGAUGAUGAUUCAAGCAUACCAUUCUCUGUGGAUGAUAUAUCCAAAUCAAUGGCACAAGUAGAUGCAUCUGAUGUUGAUCCACCACCAUUAAUCCGUGAAAAUUCAGGGUUUUCAUUCUUGCUACAGCGGUCAGAUUAAUGAUUUUUAAGUGCAAUAUGACUUGCACGAACUGUGCAUAUUUGUAAAUUAUAUAUCAUUAUAUGCCUACUUAUCCAGCAGGCAGCUUGGUAUAUCAGAAUAUAGGUCUUGUUUUAUUUUCAUUUUAUUUUGAUUUAUUGAUUGAUUUUAUUUUUUUAAGAGCAAGGUAUUCAAAGCAUACAGGUCUCUUUUUGUGGACCUGUAGCUAGUGUGACAUGCACGCUGGUUUAGAUUGCCUUAGGAGAGGAUUCUACAACUGUUUUGAGUAUUGUUGCAUGUUUGUAAUGUAAUUGAUGAUAGUACUGAAGCCACUUUUGGAGGCUUAUAUAUUAUUCUUUGUAUGUGAAAAGCUAUUUGUUUGUAAUAUAUCAUUUUUUAUGUUGGAAAGUUC